CUGCUCAGCAUGAAAAAAGAAUUCAAGAUAUUAAUAAAGUAUUAAUUGGAAUGGAUGAUAACAACUUACAAUUAGUUUAUCAAAGCAUCGUUCAACCAACUAAUGACAAAAAAAUGAACCAAAAAACACUUCGUCAGAGGUUAAUUGAUAGGGUUAAACAACUGUCCGAUGAUCAAUUGAAAUCUGCAGCUCUAAAUUUUGUAAAUUCGUCUCUCUAUAAAGCGGGUCAGGAUUCAGACUCAUUAAUUCAAAAAAAUAAGGCACUUCAAAAACAAGUUACUCAAUUAGAACAUUCAAAUGCCAAAAAGAGUCAUAAAGUUAGGCAAUUGAUAGGAACAGUGUCACAAUAUGAACUCAAACAACGCUAUCAUAUAUCAAAAGUACGUGCUGCAGCUCGGAAGCCAAUACCUGCAGAUUUUCGAAGUUUGAAGGCAGGCAUUCAAGCGAUUAUCAUGAAAAAUAAACGUCAAUAUGCAACCC